AAUAAUUGAGGAGCUGUUCAACAGCAGCGGCUGACUCUUGCCUUCCUUUGCCGCCACCAUCACCCCCCAUCACAGCCGGAGAGACAGCCCGCGCCUUAAGUGCGGACCUUCAGCCACCAGCCCCAGCAGGCAGUCCAUCGCCUCCAGCCUCUCUGGUGACCCCGAUAUUCAUGCCCAGGAGAAGGCUGCUCUGCUGUGGACCUUUCCUAAAAGGGAGAUCCCUAUUCACUAGAUGAAUUCCAGAACCAUCCACUAAGUCUUCUGUAGCCCUCUUCCAUCAGCUGAUCUUCACUGCAACUCCUAUUACUCAAGAUGAGCGGCUUCCUGGCCUCGAUGGACCCCCGGCGGGUGCAGUGGGGGUCAGCCUGGUAUGCCAUGCACUCCAGGAUUCUGCGCACCAAACCAGUGGAGUCCAUGCUGGAGGGAACGGGGGCCACUACGGCACAUGGCACCAAGCUCGCCCAGGUGCUCACCACCAUGGACCUUAUCUCUCUUGGCGUUGGCAGCUGUGUGGGCACUGGCAUGUAUGUGGUGUCUGGUCUGGUGGCCAAGGAAAUGGCGGGACCUGGUGUCAUUGUGUCCUUCAUCAUUGCUGCCGUUGCAUCUAUAUUAUCAGGUGUGUGCUAUGCAGAGUUUGGAGUCCGAGUGCCCAAAACCACAGGAUCUGCCUACACCUACAGCUAUGUCACUGUUGGUGAAUUUGUGGCAUUUUUCAUUGGCUGGAACCUGAUCCUGGAGUACCUGAUUGGCACUGCAGCUGGCGCCAGUGCUCUGAGCAGCAUGUUUGACUCACUGGCAAACCAUACCAUCAGUCGCUGGAUGGUGAACAGCGUGGGAACCCUCAAUGGGCUGGGGAAAGGUGAAGAAUCAUACCCAGACCUUCUGGCUCUGGUGAUUGCUGUCAUUGUGACCAUCAUUGUCGCUCUGGGGGUGAAGAAUUCCGUGGGCUUCAACAACGUGCUCAAUGUGCUGAACCUGGCAGUGUGGGUGUUCAUCAUGAUCGCAGGCCUCUUCUUCAUCAAUGGAAAGUACUGGGCGGAAGGCCAGUUCUUGCCCCAUGGCUGGUCAGGGGUGCUGCAAGGAGCGGCCACAUGUUUCUACGCUUUCAUUGGCUUUGACAUCAUUGCCACCACCGGAGAGGAAGCCAAGAAUCCCAACACGUCCAUCCCUUACGCUAUCACUGCCUCCCUGGUCAUCUGCUUGACAGCCUACGUGUCUGUGAGCAUGAUCUUAACUCUGAUGGUGCCAUAUUACGCCAUUGACACAGAAUCCCCACUCAUGGAGAUGUUUGUGGCUCACGGUUUCUAUGCUGCAAAAUUUGUAGUAGCUAUUGGGUCGGUUGCAGGACUGACAGUCAGCUUGCUGGGCUCCCUCUUCCCAAUGCCAAGGGUCAUUUAUGCCAUGGCUGGUGAUGGUCUCCUUUUCAGGUUCCUGGCUCACGUAAGCUCCUACACAGAGACUCCAGUGGUGGCCUGCAUUGUGUCAGGGUUCCUGGCAGCUCUGCUCUCGCUGCUGGUGAGCCUGAGAGACCUGAUAGAGAUGAUGUCCAUCGGCACACUCCUUGCCUACACCUUGGUCUCCGUCUGUGUCUUGCUCCUUCGAUACCAACCUGAGAGUGACAUUGAUGGUUUUGUCAAGUUUUUGUCUGAGGAGCACACCAAGAAGAAGGAGGGCAUUCUGGCUGAAUGUGAGAAGGAAACUUGUUCUCCUGUGAGUGAAGGGGAAGAGUUUUCCAGCCCGGCCACCAAUACAUGUGGGGCCAAAAACCUUCCAUCUUUGGGAGACAAUGAGAUGCUCAUUGGGAAAUCAGACAAGUCCACCUACAAUGUCAACCACCCCAACUAUGGCACCGUGGACAUGACCACAGGCAUAGAAGCUGAUGAAUCUGAAAACAUUUAUCUCAUCAAGUUGAAGAAGCUGAUUGGGCCCCGUUACUACACCUUGAGAAUCCGACUGGGCCUUCCAGGCAAGAUGGACCGGCCCACAGCAGCAACAGGGCACACGGUGACCAUCUGCGUGCUCCUGCUCUUCAUCCUCAUGUUCAUCUUCUGCUCCUUCAUCAUCUUUGGUUCUGACUACAUCUCAGAGCAGAGCUGGUGGGCCAUCCUUCUGGUUGUUCUGAUGGUGCUGCUGAUCAGCGCCCUGGUGUUUGUGAUCCUGCAGCAGCCAGAGAACCCCAAGAAGCUGCCCUACAUGGCACCUUGCCUCCCCUUUGUGCCUGCCUUUGCCAUGCUGGUGAACAUCUAUCUCAUGCUAAAGCUCUCCACCAUCACAUGGAUCCGGUUUGCGGUCUGGUGCUUUGUGGGUGUGCUCAUCUACUUUGGGUAUGGCAUCUGGAACAGCACCCUGGAAAUCAGUGCCCGCGAGGAGGCUCUGCAUCAAAGCACGUACCAGCGCUACGAUAUGGAUGAGCCCUUCUCGGUGGAGGACGGUUUCUCCUACGCCACUGAGGGCGAGAGCCAGGAGGACUGGGGCGGGCCKGCGGAAGACAAAGGCUUCUAUUACCAACAAAUGUCAGAUGCGAAGACAAACAGCCGGACGAGUAGCAAAGCAAAGAGCAAAAGCAAACACAAACAGAACUCGGAGGCCCUGAUUGCAAAUGAUGAGUUAGAUUACUCUCCAGAGUAAGAGUAAACACAAGAGGGUAGAGAUGAUGAUGGUGAUUGAUUUUCAGUAAUUUAACCUGUGGGCUCCAAGGCGAAAACUUUUUUGAUUCUCAUUUCACAAAUCCAGCCUGCCCUCAAAGUCAAUCCCCCGGUCAUAGCCUGUCAUUUGCUAUUUUUGCUCUUCAGGAUAGAUCUGUCAAAGUGUUUAACCCAGGGUUCCUAACUGGUCCCCUUGUAAACAGCACGAAACAAAAGGCUACACAAAAUUCCA